UCUUUCUCCAAAUGGAACUUGCAGGUAGAAAGAUAUCUAUGGUAGGCCUAUGAUAGCUGAAUCAAAACUAACGACUUUUAUAGCAAACCAAAGCAGCUAUCAAAGGACAUUAACUGUUCUAUCCAGAAUUCAUGAUGGUUUGUGUAAAGAUGGGUCGAUUAAAAGAGAUUCACUUAAAGUCAUGCUUCUAUGCGGUUCUGAUUUGCUAGAGUCUUUCAGUAUUCCUGGGGCUUGGAUACGCGAUCAGGUCAAAUCCAUAUGUAGGGACUUUGGUGUCAUCUGUAUACGCAGAGAAGGGACGAAUAUUGAACAGAUAAUUUCCAAUGAUGAAAUAUUGCAAGAAAAUAAGAUCAAUGUCAUAUCUGUAGAUGAGAUCAUACCGAAUCGAAUUAGUUCAACAAACGUGAGGGAAUGCAUAAGCAGAGGGCUUUCAGUGAAAUACCUGAUUCCUGACGAAGUUAUCGACUAUAUUAGGGACCAAAAACUCUACCUGGAAUAGCUGCAACAAGGUUCUGAUUCCACCUAAUUUCCUUGCGAUUGAAAUUGUUGUGCAGAUCUUUUGUUUUUGUAUAGUGGUGGGUCUUGCUUGAUUAAUGUGUUAGACCAUGUAAAUGUUUAUAUUGUUCCUAUAGAGUUUUGAUUCAAAAGCCAUAGAUAAAAAUGAAUAAAUGUGGCUAUGUUUGAGUAGAGGGACUGAUUUCACAGUUAGGAGACAACAGCUAUGGUGUAACUAUUGUUCUUCAUCAUGAAUAAAACUUUUUAUCUUUUACCAA